UUGUCAAGUUUUUUUGUUAAUUCUCUCAUGACUACUGCUGUUUCUUUUAGUCCAUCAAAAACCACUACACAUACUUUGCAAGCAAAGAAGAGCUAAAGAGCUUAAACAAGAAACAGUGCUACAAAGUCAAGACAUGGAUAGACUCAUAAGCUUAGAACCAUCGAAUCUUGUUGCAAUAAGGAUCGAAGAAGGCCAAAAAUGCUAUGGUGAGCUUACAUUACGCAAUGUUAUGCACACAAUGCCUGUUGCUUUUCGGCUUCAGCCAGUGAACAAAACUCGUUACACAGUCCGGCCUCAAACAGGAAUCAUAUUUCCGCUAAAUACAGUGACAGUUGAGGUCACGUAUGAAUGCGGUCCAAAUAUAAUUCUGCCUGAAUCAUUUCCGUACUCUGAUGAUUCAUUCUUGCUGCAUAGUGUUGUUGUUCCUGGUGCAGCAGCGAAGAAUUUUACUUCGACUUCUGAUCCCGUGCCUAGUGAUUGGUUUACCACCAGAAAGAAACAGGUGUUUAUUGACAGUGGCAUAAAAGUCAUGUUUGUUGGUUCCCCUGUUUUAGCUCAACUUGUUGCUAAUGGCGCAAUGGAUGAAAUUAGAGAUGUCUUGGAAAAGAGCAACCCGGCUUGGAAGGCUGCAGAGUCAGUUGAUUCUGAUGGCCAGACCUUACUUCACAUGGCCAUCAGCCAAGGCCGGGCUGAUCUUGUGCAGCUUCUUUUGGAAUUUGAGCCGGAUGUCGAGGCUCAGGGCAGAUCCGGCUCGACUCCACUGGAAGCUGCAUCAGCAUCAGGGCAAGCCCUGAUUGUGGAAAUACUGCUGGCUCGUGGAGCCAGCGUAGAAAAAUCACAAUCUUCCACUUGGGGGCCUAUCCAUCUCGCCUCAGGAGGCGGUUACAUAGAGGUUUUAAGGCUCCUUCUGCUUAAAAAUGCAUAUGUGGACGCGCUUACAGAGGACGGCAACACAGCCUUGCACAAUGCUGUUGAGAAGGGAAAGAGAGAUUGUGCAAGGCUAUUGUUGGCGCAUGGUGCUAAACCUGAUAUUCGCAACACGGAUGACCUCGACACACCUUUACACAUUGCAUCAGCCUUAGGGGAUGAAAACAUGGUCAAGCUAUUACUCCAAAAAGGAGCUUAUAAAGAUAUCCGAAACCGAGUUGGAAAGACUGCUUAUGAUGUUGCAGCGGAGCAUGGGCACGCUAGGCUUUUUGAUGCUCUCCGUCUGGGAGAGAGUUUAAGUAUAGCUGCCCGAAAAGGCGAAGUCAGGACUAUUCAAAAGCUCCUCCAAACCGGUGCUUCAAUAAAUGGCCGGGAUCAACAUGGAUGGACCACAUUACAUCGUGCCUCAUUUAAAGGACAGCUUGAAGCUGCUCGCGUAUUAAUUGAAAAAGGCGUCGACAUCAAUGCCAGAGACGAGGAUGGCUAUAGUGCAUUGCUAUGUGCUGUGGAGUCAGGACACGUAGAAAUCAUUGAGUUUCUUAUCAAGAAAGGUGCUGAUGUUGAGGUUAGGACUAACAAGGGUGUCAGUGCAUUGCUAAUCGCAGAAUGUUUACAAUAUUCGGGAGUUAUUAGGAUUUUACUAAAUGGAGGCGCGACGAAAGAUGAAUUAGUCUCUCAUGCAAGUGUUAAUCAGCUGAAUUCAUCGUCGCUGGGGAAGGGAAAGGAUCGAGUACAGGACAUUAGAAAGAAGCCGCAGGUUCGCCCAAGAGCUCUGAGGACUUAGUUGAUGAGUCUGUGGCAUUGGCUCUGAUAUUUAUGGAACUGAACGCUCUGAGUACGACCACACAUUAUUUUAUGGGGCAAGUAACAUGCAAGAAGCACAAAUAUUGGAAUAAGUUAUAAAAUUCAAGGGAGACGGUGAUCUCAAAACAUGGAACAGA